AUGCCACAAUGGAUCACGAAAGAAAAUCACUCCGAUGUUUUACCGUCACCACCACCACCUACUCUUACAAAGAUUAUCUUUACACUCAGAUCUUCAGAGCCAAGCAAGGCUUCAAAUGACACCUCUUCUAAUUCUCACAAGCUGCAGCACUUUUACGAGGCGGCUCCUGUCAACAUCACUGAUGAAGCCGUCGAUCAGGCUCUGACCGCGAGAGCUGAAGUUAUAAAGCGUAAUGCACAACGACAGCGAAGCUCGCCGGUACAUCGUCUUUUAUUCCAAUCAAAAAAGGUACUUCCCCUGCGAGCUGAACGAAAACGAAUGCGCCUUGUGGCCUUUCCAUUUCGAAAAAUAGAGGCGCAACAACAAAUGGCCACUUCCACUUCUGACUGUAAACUCACCUACUAUCGCCAAACCAAUGAGUGGACGUUUUGCCUGGAUCUACGCAAAGACAAAGCCGCAAAAUCCAAGCGGACGGCUCUAUUCAUGCAGUCUCGAUUGAUUCGGCCACCCUUCACAUGGUAUUCUCCCAUAAAAAGAGCGGGCAAGAUUAUUGGACGUAUCGUUCAACUCUGUGCCCAUAUGGACAAUUUAAUUUCACAAAAAGAUAAGCUUGCACAAUCAAACUCCAAAACUAAAAGACUCGAAAAGGCAUACGAUUCUUCACUCGCGAAUUCGAUGCUAUUGUCAUUCCUCCUUUUGAGGUAUAUGACAUGGUGA